AUGAAAGCCAGUACAUUAACAGCAUCUAUUGUGUCAACAGGGACCGCUCACAACAAUGAUUAUAGCAGUGGUACUACUUACACUAAGGAUCAGACUUAUUUUUACUGUGUCAUGCCUGGAAAUUAUCCAUCAACUAUGAGAACAGUUAUGAAUAAAAGAGGGAAUUGGGUUGAGGGAUAUGAUAAAAUAGACAAGAGAUUACUCAGAGAUCCUAGUCCUUUUAUAUACAAUCAUUUUGAAGUUAUUCGUGGUCUUGUCACUAAAACAGGUUUGAUCAGAUCCCUAAAAGCUUAUUAUAAAGCUAAUACAGCAGCAAAAUAUUCAGGUUAUAAUGUAUUUGAUAGUACCCCCACAACUUUCCUUGUUUCGAGCAAUCAAGAUGACCAUGAGAUCACUUAGUUUAUGUAUAGAUUUAAGGAGAUCCAUAAUGGUGGUAGUAAGAAGGAGAGAAUCCCAUACAAACACUGUGAGGACAAUAUUUGGUUAGUGAAACCGGCAGCUAUGAAUCAAGGCAAAGGAAUUGAAAUAUUCAGAAAUAUAAAGGACAUCUAGCAAUUCAUAUUCACUAGACCAAGCAAUAGUCUAUGGGUUGUACAAAAAUACAUUGAAAAACCAAUGCUCUACAAGCAAAGGAAAUUUGAUCUUAGAAUCUGGUCUCUACUUACAAAUGACAUGAGUUUGUAUGUUUACAAAAAAGGUUAUAUGAGAACAUCAAGUGAUGACUACUCCCUUAGUAACAAGAAUAACUAUGUGCAUUUGACUAACAACUGUCUAUAAAAAUAUGGAGAUAACUAUGGGAAGCAUGAGGAUGGAAACACCUUAGGUUUUGAAAAGUUGCAGGAAUAUUUGGAUCAGACAUAUCCUCAGUAUAACAUUAGUGUUGAGGAGCAUUUCAUGCCAAGAAUAAAGGAUCUUAUCAUUGAUACUAUCCUCUCUGUGAAAGGGCAGUUAAAUCCAAAUAAAAGGAAACAUGUGUUUGAGUUAUUCGGAUAUGAUUUCCUAAUCGAUGAGGAUUUUAGAGUCUGGCUAAUCGAAGUCAACACAAAUCCUUAUUUUGGAAUAGCCAAUGAAUACAUUGCGGAUUUAUUGCCAAAGAUGAUAGAUGAUUUCACUAAAAUUGUUGUAGAUCCGAUUUAUCCUCCAAAAUUUGUAGAUGAAAGAGAAAAUCUCUUUGAGCUUUUGUAUUCUGAAACAGGGGAUAAUCAAGUAAACAAGAGAAGUCCAUUCUCUUAUGACUCACUUUAUCCAGUCCAAGAAUUAAAGUAGCAAAUAGGAACUGCUAAAAAUAAAAGCAAGAAAGACCCAAUUUUACUCUUGAAGCCUAGGUAAAGCUAAUAAACUGCUUAGACUAGUACCAUUUAGCCAGUAAGCAGUACACUUUAAGGUCAAAAUUAAACUGUAAUCCCAAAUUCAAAGCAAUAGAGUAAUCCAACUCUGACACCUUAAAAGGAAAGAUCUAAAAGUUUGAUAUCUACUAAGCCGAUUAUUAAAUCUUAACAGAGUGCUUUGAAUGAGAAAGGCUCUAAUAGCUCAAACAAUAACUCGUAAUCGAGACCUUCACAUAAUAGUAUGUCUUAAAAUAGACAAGCUAACAAUAAGAAGCUUUCUGUAGAAAAGUACCAAUCAAAUAUAAUGAAUAAAAAGGACAUGCUUAUUGCUGAAAAAAUUGAGGAGGAAGAUAAAAACAGUGACUUCUCAGAUGAUGAUGCUAAGAAUCAAACCAAAAAAAUAAAGGGAGUUUUGAAUAACAAACAGAGCAAAAAGAAUUACCUCUAAAAGAACAUACUAGAUUAGACUAAAGAACUUUGUUAUGAACAUGCCUCUCAUUAUAAAGAUUUUGAUAGUGUAUUCUUGAAGAUUCUUACAAGAUUUCAGCAAUGGGAAAUAUUUGAUGAUGACGAAAUUUAACUUGCAUGUUAAAGUAUAAAGAUCCUUGCUAGUAGUGGCUAAGUAGUCAGUUUAAUUCAAGAAAGAAACUUACUUAAGCUUGUUACUAUUUAUGAUUCAGUUGAUGUAGAAAUAUAAGUGAGAUAAGCUAUUAUAGAAAGUUUCCUUCUUGUUGCCAAAAACACAGGUUUAAGGAAAGUUUUUAUGAGACAGCAAGUCCUUCAUUGUUUAAUAAAGCACUCUUUGAUGGUAGUUGAUGAAAGAUAGGUUUCCGAUCGUACCAAGGCAAUUAAAGAAUCGUCUAUCAAACUAUUAUGCAUGCUUUGCACAGUAAAGACAAACAGAUUCUAUAUACCAGGAGAGACUAAUCUAGUUGAAAGACUGAGAAAGAUGUCCUUUGACAAGGGUAUUUUCGCUACUCUUUCUUUAAUUUUUCAACUAAUGAAUAAGGAUAAAAAUAGCAAUUCAAAUAAUGAAACAAAGCUAUAAGUUAGAGAGAAAGUAUUGAAUCUUUUGGAAUUAAAUGACCUAGUUUACCAUGCUAACGUUAUUGAGGCGUUAAUAGAAAAGAUUAAGAACUAACCUAAAGAAUAACAAAAUUAGAUCUUGAACGAGAGUAUGCAAAAUGAUAACGAGGAUCAAGAGAAUUUAAAUAAUUCAAGCAUAAUUCUGGAUCAAACUCCUUUAAAGACAAAGUAAAAGGCUUCUGGUUAAUAACAUCAAAGAUCACAGUAAUCCCCAAAGCCUGCUCUCGGAAAAUAAAAUUUAAAUGGGUAAUCAAGUGGAACUGCUCCAAGUUAAUACCUUUCCAAUAGAGGUGAAAAAAUAAAAGCUACUUCUGAAAUAGAUAAUAAACUUAGCGGCAGCUUUAUAAUGACAGGAAGCGCAGGUGCUUAGAAAGAAAACAUCUUUCAAAGAGAUGAAAAGUUAAAUAGCAAUGAAAUUUGGAAAGAACCUCCUGAACCUGAUUUUCCUCAAUGCUUGCUUGAUAAAUUAGAUCUGACUGAAUUUCAUCAGGAAUUAGUUGAUAAGGCAGAAAAUUUGAGAGAGCGACUUUAACAAAGAAAAGAGGAAGAGGAAAAGAAAAAGCAAGAAAAGGAGUAUGAGGAAAUGAAAAAGGAGCAGGAAAAGAAGCAACAGCAAUUAGAAAAAAUGCAAAAACUUUCCAAAAAAAUUGAAGAAAACAAGCAGAAGUAAUAGUAAUUGAAAUAAGAAAAGAAGAUCGAAGAAGAGAAAAAGAAAACACUUGCUUAGAUUACAAAUAUGUAGCCACCUGGAAAGUUUGCUAUAACUUAGAAAAAAGGCACAACGAUAAACAUUGUUAACAAGAAUAGCAAUAAUAGCAAAGGAUAAAGUCUGAGAAAAACUUUAAGUAAUACAGAUGAAGUGAAUGCUGAUAAGAUUUAGAUAUAGCAAAUCAACAAUGAGCAGAUUUAAUCUCAAUUGGAUUCCGAGGAUAAUAAUACUUAGGCAACUGAGGAUUAAAUCAUUUCUCAGAAUGAUUAGGUUGACAGCAACAUUCAACAAGAUGAAAUUAUAGAUGAAGUACAAGAAUGA